AUGAAGCUCAACCCAUCAAGAGCCCAUCUCGAUGUCAAGCUCCUCACGUCCCAACUCACCAACAUGGCAAACGCGCGCGACAUAAUGCAUCCGGGCCUCUGCGCCAUCGCGUUGGUGAUCCGCGCGCGUGAAGGUCCGAGAUUCGUAUUCCACUACCCUCCGCAUCCAGACGGGAAGGCGGUGGUGAGAGAAGCGAGGUUCGGGACGGAGUUAGAUACUGAACCUAUUUCCCCGGUGUUGGAGGGCGAGGAAAGCGAUGAGGAGUUUGGUGAGGAGGAGAAUAUCGGGGGAGAGGUGGAACAUGGUACGGAUGCUGAUGGCACGCAUGUUGCGCCUUGGGAUCGGUUGUGGGAGUUUCCGACGGCGGAUUUGGAGAGUAUACUAACCCCGUCGAGGGCGUUUCAUAAGAGGCGCUUUGAGUUGAGUCUUGAUCCGGUUGUGUUUGUGAGUUAUCCGGUGCAUAUUCGGGAGGAGGGAGGGUGGAAGAAGAAGAGGUUUAAGAAGAGUAGGAGGAGGAAGGAGGGAGAGAGGGAGGGUGAAGAGGCGAAGGAAAGUAUGGGGAAAGAGGAGGAGGAAGAUGAGGGCGGGAUGACAAUGUUUAAUGUUGUUUUUAUGGUUAAUGUUUCGAGAGAGGAGGAGGAUGGGAGGGUUCAGGAGGUUUUUGAACAUGUGGUGAAGAAGUUUAAUAAGGCGCUUAAUCAUGCGCAGGCGAGUGAUAAUUAUGUUUGGAAGGAGUCAGAGAUGAUUUUGGGGAUGAAGGAUAAGGCGAGGGAGGAGAGACGACCCAUGAGCUGGCUCUGGAAUGAAAUUCUUCUCAAAUCGACUCUCGCUAGCGCUAUAAGAGAUGUGUUUGAUGCGAUUUCAAAUAGCAAGAUUGCAACUUUACAUCUCGCCACAACACCUCCUGUCGACAUAUCGCUACAAAUACCUAUACCCUGUUUUCUCACCAGUUUUCCGAGCUCAGACGACAGAGCUAUGCUAGGACUUCUUCUCACCUCGGCAAAUGCCAUGAUCGACGAAGAAGGAAAUGAGAACCCAACUCAUCUCAAUAAGCACUUUGCUCUCUUGCUUCUCAACAAUGAAGAGAAGAUCAUCUCGGAAAUUCAAGCCGACAAUACGGAACUCACGGCUCCUCUAAUCGAAUGCAUCCGUCUCUGCAAACCAACCCUCUCCUUUCUUCAAGUCGCCCAGACUCAAAACGUCGAAUUAUCCAGCCUUCUGAUCCUCGCCCAACAUCUCAUCUACUGGCGAAGAGCAAUUGCCAUUCCACCUCUCCACGCAAGAGAAACCUACAUCGUCUCCCCCAACUGCGACAGUCGUCAACUCCCCAUAGCAAGCAUCGCCUGGAAAAAAGCAUUCCCACUCGCUCCCUCACUCCCAUCCUACCUCGCCUCCCUCUCCGCCGCUCCUCGACCUUACAAACACUUCUCCCCCAGCAAAAACCACCGCCCAACCUACCUCGACAUGCUCGCCUGGGCCAUGCGCGGCGGCUGGGUCACCCCUCUUCGCACCUACGCCUGGAUUCUCGUGCAUCCGGAAAUUAUCUACGAAGUAGACUACCAACUCAAAGCCGCGGCCGUCGAGAAAGCACGCAACAAGUCCAAAACUGCAGAAUCCGAUCAAGACCUCCUGAGCUCCAGCACCGACUCCUCGACUCACUUCCCUAAAGACCCAAACAGCAUGACCACCUCCCAGGCAGCCGAACACGCUCGUCUCGCUCGCCUCGCCCGCAAAACAGCAGAGGAAACCGCAAUCUUCGCCGCGGAAUUCGAGAAACUGCCUCCCCCCGUCGCAACAGCUCAUCCGUCCCUCAACACGGCGCCACAUCUCAAACAUCUCAGUCCGUACGUGAUCAAAGACCCGCACAAGGUAAGUCACGAGGAGAGUCUGUAUAUCGCGGCGUACAGCAAACGGUUUGAGGACGUGAAGGUGCGCGAAACGUGGUUGAGGUUCUGUGGGAGGUAUUUUAAUGGGAGGGAGCCGUUGGAGAUGAUUGCGUUGCGCGAGGGCAUGAAGAGGAAGGAGACUUGGGGGUUGCUUGCUGCGUUUGGGGAGGUGAUUUUGGUUGCUAGACAUUGGUAG